AUGCCUUACCGUUCUCCCUUCGAUUUCAGCGACGUCAACAGCAAUGACAGCUUUCAUACCGCGCUGAGCAUCCGGAACCCAAGUGCAGACGAAGUGCGGGUAGCCCGCGCCGCAUCCAUCGCCUACAUGCGCAGGGCGAUGGAAACCAUGCUAUUCCAACUGGAUUUUGACCAAGCAUCCUGGCUUGCAGGGUACACUGGCAACACCGGACCGACGGCAACAGUUGCCGACAUGUACGCUGUGCUUGACGCCCUCAUGACGCAAAGAGCCAUUGCCCAAGAUGCCUGGCUGGCAGAGCGCACUGCCAACACUGGACCGACAGCUGAUGACCCCGUGGCAAGUGGGCAGUCCGAACCUCCAAGGCGUAAUGAGACGCCUGCCAAUCAACAAGCGCCUGCGGCUCAGGCUCCUCCAUCACGGACUCCAGUGCCUGAGGCACCCGCUCCUCCUCCUCAGGCCCCGGCUCCACAGGCACCCACAUCUCGGGCUCAGGCUCCCACUGCUCAGGCUCCAGUUGCUCGGGCUCAGUCUUCCGCUCCAGCAUCUCAGGAUCGUCCCUCUGCUGCGGCGAACACAUCUGCGGGAGCCUCACGCAACGAUCGGCCAGAGACCCAAGUCGCCGCUCCGCCUUCCCAGCCUCCAACCGGCACACAGACCCGUGCACCAACUGGAGCCGCAACUGGGGGUGCAACUUCGCAACGCGGUGGGAGCUCUGCCCCACAAGACAGCACCAGGACUCAGCAACCCGAGGAUGUUCCCAUCUUCGACAAAUCCAGAUGGGCGGAACUUCGUAAGCGGAACCCAACUCUUCCGAAUUACAGGAGCACGGAGAACCUCGGAAAGCGGGAGGAGCGAGACACAGACCUGUGGAUAGGAGCCAGGUUUCCACAUGUCGUCAAGGUCUCCUCCAAGGUUAUGGUGGAGAAGCUUCCCUACUUCACGAUCAUUCUGGAGCAGGGAUCCAAGGCUAGGCUUAGGGGACACGGCGGCGCGCCACGGUACUCAGUGGUCUUGAGUGUCAACACCAACCGGCAGCCAAGGAUCAAGCCUACGAGACAGAUUGGAGAGCUUGUGGAUGACGAAGGAAAGGCGCACACGCGCAACUUUCGAGAGGCUUUCUGCGAUCUCCUCGGUGCCAUACAUGACUACGAUGUCCAAGAGGUCAAACGGUUCGCGAGGUCCAUGCUGCGGAUGAGCAGCUACUUCAGAAGUGACGAAGCUGUCCGUGAGAUACUGGCACGUAUGGACCACCGCCAAUACGGAAGCCUGAAGGAUGCUGCGUCCAGACGUCCAAAAGAGUUCCUCCAGUUGGCGAUUCUUUGCCGGUCAAGAUUCCUUUUCAGCAGGGCAUUCUACCCCUUCGUCCGGGAUUCACCUAUGGCUUUCACCAUGGGACUUGUCGAAGAGUACGUUAAAGACCUGCCGAGUGGCUUGCAGUUCUCCGUCAUAUUCGAGGUCGGCAAGUUUAAGUCAACCGCAAAAUCGAUGGAAGCUUGGAGGAAGGCUUGGAAGCAAAUUGAUACUGAUUGGGACCUUGGAUUUCUGAAGCACAUGUAG